AUGCCAUUCUUAUGGCAAACAUGUUUAGGCACACAUGAAUGUAAUAAAACUAUCAUUGGACAAACGAUGACGUUCACAUGUCCACAAAAUGUCAGUAAUCCAAUGCUUCAACUGUCCAAUUUUACUAGCGAUCAAUUGGAAAACAUUACCGUAUUCAUUGCACAAGGCUUACCAAAUCCCGCAAAUGCCAGUCAGUUCCUACAAGGUCCAUUUACAUCCAUACCUCCAAAUAUUUGUAUGAUGCCAAAUUUGAUAACAGUUAUUUUUGCAAAUAAUCAAAUUAACAACGUCGAUCCAACGGGAUAUUUGAGUGAAUGCUUUUCAAGUUUAGUUACACUGGACCUUAGUUACAAUCAAAUCACUAUGUUUCCAUCAUAUUUGAUAUACAACACACCAACUUUAAAGAAUCUUUACUUUCAACAUAAUAACCUUACGGAGGUACCAGCCAAUGCUUUUUCUGAUAUUUCAACAUUGGAGAUUAUCAAUUUUGCUUACAAUCAACUAACAGCUGUUGAGUUGUGGACUUUGGACGUGAAGACAAAUGCCGAUUUCAGCUACAAUCAAAUCACUUCAAUUACCAAUAAAUAUCUUUACUCUUCGAUUACUACUCGAAGUAUGACAGGGAAAGUGUCGUUAACCGGCAAUGGGCCAACAAUAAACUUUACCGAUGUUGUCUAUGAAAUGUAUAAUCAAUGUGACGAAGUUAUUCAAUGGUAUUUCGAAGAUAAUGACAACCCACCGGAACCGUAUUUUACCAAAAAACUCGGCUUUCUCGACUUUGGCACGACGGUAAUUGAUUGCAGUUGCGCUCAGCUUUAUUUCUUGAAGCAAGCCACGCCUGUUCUAAGCGGUAGUAACAUUUAUCCAGUACUGAAUACCAUGUGUUCCAAUAGCUCGCAAAACAAUACAUACACAAGACUCUUCAAUUCUUCCUGUGCCAAUUCUUUAUUCGAUAGGAUUUCCACUGCUCCGUUUACUCAAACAUAUCCUCGAUUUUGCAGAAUAAACGAAAGUGGCGAGACUGCACUUACAGUUAAAACCAAUAUGUCAGCACCAUCAUUCAACGCGUCGGCUUAUCCACAUUAUGCAACUGUCGAUAUGAAUCCUGGCACGUGUUUCUUUACUUUUACAAAUCUGACUACAGUGAAUAUUCAAUGUACCAUCGAUACAUCCAACAACGCAUCUCGGAUACCUGCUGCAUUACUCUCAAACACAUCGAUGAGUAGCGUGACUCGUGUGACAUUCAUGCCGGCAGCUUCGUCACUUCCGACUUAUCUCUGCUCCUUACCAUCUCGACAAAUUGAUUUAAGUUACCAAGCAUUUACAGCACUCAGCGACGCAACAUUUCCGUGUCUCGACUACUUUACCAAAGUAUCGUUAUCACACAAUAUGUUAACGUCUGUCAGCAUCUCGAACGGUAAUUUCAAAAACUUGACAUCAUUAGACUUGUCGUCAAAUAUGUUAACAAUGAUACCGUAUUCGGUUCUUACUCCAACACCGACUUCUUUGAAUUAUCUCGAUCUACGAAAUAACUCCAUCACUUACCUUGAUUUCUUCAUCUAUACACGAAAAAAUAUAACUAUCAAUCUGGAUAACAAUCCAAUAAAUGUCACGAAUAUUCUUAACCCGCAAAAUUCAACGCUGGUCAAUCAAACAAGCUCAACAGCAACUAUUAUGCUUCCCGAAUCUGUGACAGACAGUACGGUUAUCAUUGAUGACUCUACAGUGAUCGCAUACGGUUUAUGUAAUGACUUCCAAACAUUGAGUAGUAUACUCACCAGCCUUGAUGCGGCUACUAACAUUCAACUCAAUUGUAAUUGCAGUUCAAUCAAUUUAAAGCAGUUAUACCAAGCCCAGGGAAUGUCUAUUACAGAUUCGUAUCCAUGUGCAAAUGAAGCGGAUACAGCUAGCUUUAGAAAUCUAACAGUUGCCACUUGCCCAAGUAGCGCCAGUUUUUCAAAUGGAUUGUGUUCUAACACGACUUCAACAAAUACUACUACAACGACAACAACAACAACUACCACCGCUGCUACAGGAGGUAACGGAACAACAACAAAUACUACUACCACCGCUGCUACAGGAGGUAACGGAACAACAACAAAUACUACUACCACCGCUGCUACAGGAGGUAAUGGAACAACAACAACUACUGCUACCACCGCUGCUACAGGAGGUAACGGAACGACAACAACUACUGCUACCACCGCUGCUACAGGAGGUAAUGGAACAACAACAACUACUGCUACCACCGCUGCUGCAGGAGGUAACGGAACGACAACAACUACUGCUACCACCGCUGCUACAGGAGGUAACGGAACGACAACAACAACAACUUCCGCAUCAGUAUCCAAUACGAGUAGCACGAACGUAAGUGGUAGCGCACAGGGCGGUUCCGGUCUUCAAUCUAGUGAUCAAAAUAGCUCCGAUUCAAACCGUACUGGACUCAUUGUUGGUUUGGUGGUUGGAAUAGUUGGCUUUUUAAUACUAUUGGCUGCUCUGAUUGCUGCAGUUCUUCUAUACAGAUAUUGCCGAGGUGGUGGUGGCGGAACAGAAAAAAGACGUGUCAGUCGUACUGCUGUUAAGGGCUCAACCAAAGGCGAUGGCCAAGCGCCUGGAGUGACUCCCUCAGAUCGUUUUCAUUCAAGAAAUUCUCGAGGUGUAAAAUUAGCACCGAUUUCUUCUACCUCAUCUCAGUUUCCAACGGGACCUGUUGGAACCGUCGUACCAAGUUCAACCAAUUUAACUGCUCCUGUUCACAAUCCAAUAGUGCGUGGGCCGGUACGAGGCAUUCCACUUCGGCCACUAGCUAGCACAAGUUCGAUAGGUUCACCAACGACAACUACGUUAGGCAACCCAGCACCACUUCAUCUUACGAGCAGCUCACCAAUGAGCCCGUCACCAUUUACUCAACCUCAUGCACCAAGACCAAUACUACCACAUAUGCUCAAUACAGGUGGUAGUGGAUUCGCAUAA